AAGGUGACUUUCUGAUUCUCCUGUACAACGUCGCGGGCCCCCGCAUCUGGCACGAGCGGAUGGUCGUGUACCUACCGCCUGGGGGCGCCUCGCUGAUCACGAUGCUGACUCCAGGCGAUUCCUAUGAGGAGGAUGUUGCUCCUGGUGCGGACGUGUUGCUGUGGGGCCGCCUCCCCGGCGGUGCGAUUGGCGGUGCUGCGGGCUUCGCGUCUGGAGACCGCACCUACCACUUUCGCCACCCUCCGCUGCCAGCGGCCGCUGGCGCCCUUCGGGACGCCGCGGCUGGCAGGCUGGGGUUCCCAGUGCCGGGGACGCCGCUGGCGCCCAACCUUGGCGCAUCUGGCGGCGCGGCGGCUGCUGGCCUCCCCGCCGCCUCUGGGGCGGCCCACGUUGCGGUGCGCCUGCGGGCGGUGGCCUGGCGGGCCUGGUGGCUGCGCUCGGCGGCCCUGGCGCAGGCCCUGCUGGCACGGCUGGCGCCCUGGUGCCCGGCGGCGGCGCCCUGGGCGCGCCGGCGGCAGUCGCCCCCGCCGCCGGAGCUGCGGUCGCGGGAGCUUUGGCGUCCCCCGCCCCUGUGGCCGCGGCUGGGGCUGCUCCGCGCCACCGGGUUGCCCGCUGGAUCGCCUGGCGACGCGCGGGUCCUCGGCAUCACCACCGAUGCUCUGGGACAGCGGUACAAGGAUUUCACGGACGCGGUCAACGGCAUGACGCAGAGUACAUAUUUUGAUUGGCCCAUCAGGGGCCCGAGGACAGCAUGGUGGGUGUGCCGUUUCAUGCUCGCCAACGGGGGGUCCCCACUGGCGCGGCACAGCCGCUGGCGGGCGGACUGCCGGCUGGGUGCUAGCGACCAGGGAGUUGCCGAUCACGAGCAUGCCUGCCGCCUCAUCGAGACCCUCGCCUGCUACGACCAGUUCAACGUUCCAGAUGUCGCGGCAGCAGAAUUGGCAGCGCGCAGUCCCCAGCUCAUCGAGGAGAGGUACAGGGAUAGGCUGGCUGGCAACCACAACACGGAUACGAGCGACAGCCACCUGUACUACGGCACCGACAUGGUGCGUGGGAACUGUUGCGUGCACCCACUCUUGUAG